CACGUGACGUUCUCACUGCAGCAUCUUCAAAAUCCCACUUAGCGAUAGUGUAACGAAUACCAUCAUGAGCCAAUUAACCGAGAAUCCAUUCGCCUCCAAACAGUCCCUUGACCAAAAUCCCUUUGACGAUCCACAGGAACUCACUUCACCUUAUGUCGACCUUGAGCAGAGAGAGCGGGACCUUUCUCGGCGAGAAGCUGAACUUGCUGCCACACAGCAACAACUUGAGGCCCGGGGAAAAAUAAUUGGCCUCCAUGUGUGUCACAAAUUACGUUCAAUGCAUAGCGCUUAUUGUUCCUCUUCGUAGUCUUCCCCCUGAUUUAUCACGACAUUGACGUGGAGAUACCUCAAGAGCAUCGAGCUAUUGUCACGAGGAUUUAUCAGUUAUGGCUUGUUCUGGCCGCUACCUUGAUACUGAACAUGGUCGC